AUGGCGCCCGGGAUCGAAGGUGUGGUCGACGAUUUGAAGAUCGAAGUCGGCAAGCUCACCACCCUGAAGAUGGAGGUUGGGAAGAUCUUCAAGUACUGGGAGCGUUCGAUGGUGGACGCGCCGUCAGCGACCCUAGGCGUGUUCGCUCCCGCCCCUGUGUCCCCAGGCGAUGUCAUCCUCGACUCCAAGGCCGCCGUCAUUCCCGACCUCAAGUCCAAGGCUGCCGUCGUUCCCGAACUCAAGUCGGCCAUCGACGGCGACUUCCAGGCUGCCGGGCGUGCCUCUGCCGGAGCAGCAGCCGAACUGCUCAGGGGGCACCGCGUCAACCAAAGGACCCAGGCGGGUGAAUUCGGAGUGGUGACCACUCUGAUUCCACCCCCGACAAGGUGUCCACCACAGUGUCCACCACCACCACCACCACCACUCACUAGUAGUCAUUGGGAAUCUGGACACCAAGGCGGCAGCGGGGGUGGCCAUACCGGCAAACUCCCCAAGUUCGAUUUUCCUCGAUUCGAUGGGGAUCAUCCUAAGAUAUGGAUUAAACAGGCUGUGCAUUAUUUCGCCCUAUACCGUGUUGAGUCGUCUGUCUGGGUCCAGGCAACCACAAUGCAUUUCCAUAGCGCAGCCAAACGCCGGCUCUCAUCCGUUGAGGACCAGCUCGAGUCCACCACUUGGCCUGACUUUUGUGCUCAGCUUCUCACUCGCUUUGCCCGGGAUGAACAUGAGCUGCUCAUUCGUCGUUUGUUCCAAAUCCGUCAGUCUGGUCCUGUCUCUGAGUAUAUAGAUGACUUUGUUGCCUUGGUAGAUCAGCUUAAGGCCUAUGCUAAGCAUCCUGACCCACUUUACUACACCCAACGCUUCGUAGAUGGCUUGCGUGAUGAAAUUAAAGCUGUUAUUCUUGUGCAACGCCCUACCACACUGGAUACUGCUUGUGUGCUUGCUCAAUUACAGGAGGAGGCGAUGGGCUUAAGCAAGAGACCUUAUCGGCGAUAUGACUCCAAGCCGGUGUGGACUGGGGCACUCCCACUGCCACCACCUCCACCCAAGCUUGCAGACGGUGAAGUCAAACGCCUGACGGAUACUCCUCACUCCACUGUCGAAGAGAAGUUCCAGUCACUGCGUGCUUCCCGUCGUGCUCGAGGGCUGUGUAUCCGUUGUGGAGCAAAAUGGAGCCGUGACCAUAAGUGUUCUGAGGUUGUUCAACUGCAUCUUGUCCAAGAGCUAUUGGAUAUGUUUCCUGAUGAUGAAGAUGAAGCCGAGGCAUCAUCACCGGCCUCUCCUACCAAAUCUCAGUUGAUGCUCCACCUGUCUAUGGCCGCUGUGGCCGGCGCGUCAGCACCCAAGACCCUCUGCCUUAAGGGUGUUAUUCAAGAUGUACCUCUGUCAAUACUGGUGGAUUCUGAUAAUUCUCAUAUGUUCCUCAGCACAGAGCUGGCCGGGUCAUUACACGGAGUGCAGAAGCUGGUGCCCGCAGUGCAAGUACAGGUUGCCAAUGGGGCUGUGUUGCAGUGCACCUCUCACAUCUCUCGUGCUUCAUGGUCUGUGCAGGGUUAUUCCUUUACCACUGACCUCAAGCUGUUGCCACUAACUGCUUAUGAUAUGAUAUUGGGCUUGGAUUGGUUAUCCAGCUUCAGUCCUAUGCAAGUACACUGGCAGCAAAAGUGGAUUGCCAUUCCAUACAAUGGACAGCCGUGGGCUUAG